AUGGGCAGAUCAAAGGUCCCCAAGGCCUGGAAAGAACGUCUGCGUCCGCGACCGCUAAAAUCCCUGUUGACACCCUGUUUUACCUACGGCUGUGAACGCUGCAUGUUGAGAUCGCAGUGUGCUGCGGCGAAAGUGUCGGAUGCUUGUGGUCGUUCCGCAUCUACUGCUAGCGCGUCGAGACCUUUGGCGCACCGACUCUGUGACUACAUUCCAGGUUGCAGUUACCUACGAAAGCGGUGGUUUAAUUCCUCAGCUUCCAACGCUACCGUGGCCAGACGUCGCAGAAACAGUAGGAUACGUCUUGAAUCUCCGUCAGACAGAUCUGCCACCACUAACACCACUGUCAUCAGUAAUGAGGCUACGGGGAGCACUGCCUCCCUCAGUGGCAGCGAGUUGCAUGGAUCGCAACUGGAGUUGUCUCCGCAAUACACUCUCUUCAAGACACCACUUGUGCAUUCUGUGGGCGGGGAUGAGCCAGACACUACAAGAAUUCAACUGUGA